GUGAAAAGAAAAGUGGAUGUGAGUGAUACGUUGGUACGUUGUGACGACAACGACGACGACAACGACGGCGGCGGCGGCAGCAGCAGCAGCAGCGGUGGCGGUGACGGCGACGACGGCGACGACUCUGCGGAUUACUCGCGGACGAAGAAGUCGAGCAACAAAAUGAUGGGAAAGAGAACGCAGUGCUACUUGUGCGAUCUGCCCAGGAUGCCCUGGGCGAUGAUCACCGAAUUUUCGGAACCCGUGUGCCGCGGUUGCGUCAACUACGAGGGCGCCGACCGGAUAGACGCGGUACUGGAGUCGGCCAAACAAAUGAAAAAGGCACACGGUUUCCACGAAGCCAGAUCCUCGACAUCGAAGGCAUACAGAACGACCGGGCACACCGAGCACAACGGCGGUGCUAAUUUGGACGUUCUACCGAUACAGAACACCGGGCAGAAUCACUCGAGGCAUCACAAUAUCGCCGGCUACUCGCAGCUCCAUCACCGGAACUCCAUAAACGAGUUCAAUUCCGGGACGUCGAGGCAGCAGAUCUCGCGGCAACACGACGAGACCCACGAGAUAGCGAACGGCAUGAGGAGCAAUAACGUGAGAAUCCCGAACGCCCACCUAGCCGCGGUGGCGCAUCACGUGAAUCUCAGCCAUAACAGAGGCAUCGCACAGCUUAAGCGAAGUAUCUCGACUAUCGACGAGGACGAGCACGCCGAGAAAAGGCUCUCGUUGGAGGAGCAGCAUUCGGUCAGGCCGCCAUUGACCAGGGGCGAUUCUUUGCCAGCUGUGAGCCUUGCCGUCAGUUACGUCCAAGACAGAAGCAAGGAGAAGCAUCCUGUUAGGGCGCCCAGUUUCGAGACCGCCACCACGUUCAAGACGAACGGGGCGUACGUCGGUCCGUCUAUCCCACUGGCACCAGCAAAUGUGGCGGCAAACGGUGGAGGGUCUCCUCUUCGCCCGCGAACGAGCCCUCCGCCACCGCCGCCACCGGCUCAGGAAGCCUCCAAUGAUAAUCCACAGACGAACCAUCACCAGGUAAUCAAGCUCCAAAUGUUAACCUCUUGCGCUGGAAUGACGGAUCGACAAAUGGCCCGUCACCUAUGGCUGCGCUCAUGUCAGUCGCUGAUAACUUAGCAUCGCCAGAAUCGGUGCCACAACCACCGAAUAACCCGAGCCCGACCAGCAGAAGCCCACCGACCACAGCGACUAACGCUCAGCAACGCAGUGCCUCCAGAGGAUCGCAGCAUAGCCCGAACAGUACAGCAUCCUCGGGUAGGAGGUCCAGUGGUUCAAGGCACGUGUCAUCAACAACUGUGACAACGUCAUCAGAAGGAGCAGUCGCACAAGUCGCUGGAGCCGAGCAAGUAUCAGCGCCGAUAUUAAAAUGCACCCUGUGUCAAGAACGUCUCGAGGACACGCAUUUCGUUCAGUGUCCCAGCGUACCACAUCACAAAUUCUGUUUCCCUUGUAGCCGAGAGAGCAUAAAGAGACAGGGGGCUGGCUCAGAGGUUUAUUGCCCAAGUGGAGAGAAAUGUCCACUGGCAAACAGCCAGGUGCCAUGGGCGUUCAUGCAAGGCGAGAUAGCCACUAUCUUGGGCGACGACACCACAGGUUCUGGGCUUAAAGUAAAGAAAGAGAGAGAAACU